AUGAAGCAUUGUAACCACUCUGUUGGACAGAAUUGCAUAAAUAAAAACAAAACAACUAAGUGUCCUGUAAAAUNAAAUAAAAACAAAACAUCUAAGUGUCCUGUAAAAGAUUGUAAUCAAAUUCAAGAUAAUUCUUCAGAAAAUGAUAGUGAACAAACAUGCUGUAUUUGUCAUUUAGAAAACCCAUUAAGUGUAACAUUAAGUCCUUGCUAUCAUAAAAUAUGCAAUAAUUGUGCUAAUGAGCUAUCACUAGAAAAUGGUACUCAAUGUCCAUUAUGCAGAAAUCCAAUAUUACGUUAUAAAAAUAUAGAGUUAAUAGAAAGAUGUGCAUGCAAAAAAGAACUUCGACACGUUGUACUAAAACCGUGCCUACACAGAAUAGGUGUAGUCUGUGCUGAUUUUAUUAGUAAUAAAAAUGAAUAUUAUCCCAAAUGUCCAAUAUGCAGCGUAAAAGUUGAAGAAUUCUGUAACGAUGAACCACUCAUAAGAAAUGCUUUAAAUCCAUCUUAUUUAAGGCGUAUGGCAAAUGUAACCUCAUAUCAUCUGGGUUUACAGAAUUUAUUAUGUGUGUCUAGACGUAAUGACUAGUAAGAUAACGAAGAUUUUUUAAACAAGAAGAAAAUUGUAAAGGAUAUUUUUCUCAGCAAUAUAUAUUGUAAUAUCAAUAAAUUUUAGUAUAAUUAUAAACAUACAUAAUAAUU